AAAAAGAAAAAAAGGAGAACUCAACAGUAGAACUUGGUAGAGAUUCUCCUCCUCCCAAGUUGGCUCUAGGGUUUCUUCGGAUGAAAUCCAACUUGAUGCAGUGUUGUUGUACUGCAAUUCUCUCUAUCAUUCAAUUGGUAUUAUCAGAUAAAAAGUUAAGUUAAAAUUUGGUUCUUUUCCUAAUUCCUCUAUGGCAGAGACUUCCCGUUCUCGAGUCACCAUAACCCUAGGUCGCGCUGGUCAGGUGGUUAAAAGGGCAGGUCCUGGUGUUGAUGAUAGUAGUUCAUUUGCUGAUUCACAACAUCCCGUUGGGGCUAAAAGAUCAGUUAGGGAUAGGCUGGGAAGCAAUGUGGAUUCAUCAUCCAAUUUUAACAAUAAACGCCAGCGAGGAGAUGUUAGUAGAUUGAGUCGAAGUGCCUCUAACGAUGUGGAUGAAGAUGUUACUCUGAACAAAGAUGACUUGCGGUUCAAAAUUAUGCGCAAAAAUAGUCUUAACAAGGGUCAAAGUUCCAGCCAGCUGAAUGGAAUGGACCUUCGUGACUUGCUGUCAAGGCCUGCUCAGUCUUCAACAAGUAGCCUAGGUACGCAGCAACGGAUGCCUCAGCUGAAGGAUCCAAGAAAGCAUUUUCCAGAUCCGAGGGACGGUAGACACCAGAUGCAAGAGCCGAGGAAUGCUAGAUAUCUUAUGCCUGAACCAAGGGAUGGUAGACGACAUGUUUCAGAACCCAGGGAUGCUAGGCAGCCCCUUUCUGAAUCCAGGGAUGUUAGAUAUGUCAUGCCAGGGCCAAAAGAUGAUAGAAACCUUAGGCUGGGAUCAAAUAGUUCAAGCUUUCCUGGUCAAAUUCGAUCCUCACGAACUACUGAUUCUUUGCCGCAUUUAGACUCGUUAAGAAAUUCUUAUUCUCCUUGGACUUUGGAUAGUUUGAGGCAAGGAGGUAGGGUUGCGGGUACUUCUAGAGGUCUCACUCCGUCAAGGAGGAAUGAAGAGCUAGAGCAACGGCCUCUAGUAAGGAAGUUGAUUGAGUUUAGAGUAUACACAUUUUCAAUAGGGACAUUGGCUUCGAUACCAGAUGGUCCAAAUUCUUCCACCAGGCCAACUGUAUGA